UGUCUCUCUCACACACACACACACACACACACACACACACAGAGACAGACAGAGAGCAGAGACUCCGAAGUCUAGAGAAGAAACACCCAAAUGAUCUAACCUUUGAGAUGAGGAUUUAUGCCGUUUAAAUAUAAAGAGGCUCUCAUGGAUCUCAGUGAAGAGGAGUCUGCACCCCUGGUGAUCAGAGACCGGGGAGGCAGCCAGAGGUCCAGUUCUAGCACUGCUCCCAGUCUACAAGUGCACCUCUACUUCUUCCCAGCCACAAAAGACCAAACGACAAUUCACAUUUCAUCCGGCCAAAUCUCUGCUGAAAGUGUCUGCAUCCAAGCAGGCAAAAAAUGUGGAAUCUUACCGGUGUAUCAAAGCCUUUUUGGGUUGGCAUCAGCUGAUCUCUCAUUUUGGUAUCCUCCAUCACACAUGUUCAGCAUAGAAGAAAACGUACAAGUCAACUUUAGAGUCAGGUUUUCCUUUGGAAAUUGGUUUGGACAAGGAGCAAGAUCAUCAUACCGCUACAGUCUGACCAGAGACAGAGUCAGUCCAGUGCUGGACUGCAGUGUCAUCGAUUACCUCUUUGCUCAGUUGCGAAGUGACUUCAUUGCUAGUGAGGCAGGAGUCUCUCCACCUUUGAGUGCUCAGGAGAAAUGCCUUGGCCUUGCGGUGCUGGACUUGUGGAGGAUGGCUGAAGAGCGCCAUCAGAGUGUUAAAGAUCUCUGCAAGACUGUCAGCUACAAAUCAUGCCUCCCUAAGCUGCAUCGCCAGGACAUCCAGAAACGAAACCGCCUUGAUCGAUAUCGAAUCCGAAACACCUUGAAGCAUUACUUAAGGAAGAUUGGCAGCUGCUCAGUCGAUGAGUGCAGCUUGAAGCUCAAGUACCUGAUCGAACUGGCUGGCAUCGAGCAUUCUUUGGGAAGCGAAAUCUUCCAAGUUAAUCCUUCGUCCUCCCAGUCAAAGCCGAAUUUCUCUCUUGUGCGGGUCACAGGGGAAACUGGAAUUCAGAUCAGUGACAGUAGUCAUCUGGACUCUGCUGAGUGGCAGACCUUCUGUGAUUUCAAAGAAAUCAUCGACGUUAGUGUAACAAGGUUAAGCCAGGAUCAAGUCCCCCAAGACAAGAGCAUGGUGAUCAUAACUCGCAAAGAUGACAGAUGUUUGGAAGCCAUAUUUCAGUGUCUCAAGGAAGCACUUUCAUUUGUUUCACUUGUUGAUGGCUACUUCAGACUGACCACAGACUCCAGCCACUACUUCUGUCAGGACAUUGCUCCUCCAAGUAUUCUAGAGAGGCUCAAAAACCACUGUCAUGGCCCAAUCACAUCAGAGUUUGCAGUCAAUAAGAUGAAAAAGUCAGGAGCUAAAGGUGGUUUGUUCCUUCUUCGGCAGAGUCCCAAGAACUACAACAACUUCUUCAUGACUGUUUGUGUUCAGACUCCACUUGGACUUGACUACAAAGACUGUCUUAUCAUUGAGAAUGAGCACUACAGUCUCCCUGGUGUUCAGAAAAACUUUUCCAGCUUGAAAGAGCUCACCGGCUAUUACCAACACAACAUGCUGCUAUUGGCUGACGUACCUGUCAAACUGAGCCACUGCUGUCCACCUCGACCCAAAGAGCUCACAAAUCUGAUCAUCAUACGGAGCAGCAGCUCUGUGGAGGCUCAAGGAUCUCCAACUCUGGAGAGAAACAAAUUCAGUCAUAUCCAGUUCCAGAUGAUAAAAUAUGAAGACUUGAAAUGGGAAGAGAGCCUUGGACAGGGAUCCUUCACUCGGAUUUACAAGGGCUACAAAACUGACAUCCGAGAUGGGGAGAAACAUGUGACAGAUGUUUUCCUCAAAGAGCUCAAUGCCGUUCACAAAAACUGCUGGGAAUCAUUCUUUGAGGCUGCCAGCUUAAUGAGCCAGAUUUCACACAAACACCUCCUCCUUGUAUAUGGUGUUAGUGUUUAUGGAGCAAAAAACAUCAUGGUACAGGAGUUUGUCGAGCACGGGGCUCUUGACCUCUACUUGAAGAGAGGGAGAUCUGUGUCAGUGAGCUGGAAACUUGACGUAGCAAAACAACUGGCGUCUGUCCUCAACUUUCUGGAAGAAAAGAACAUCGUUCAUGGAAACAUCUGUGCAAAAAAUCUGCUGCUGGCCAGAGAAGGUGACCCAGCACAAGGAAGCCCUCCUUUCAUCAAGCUAAGUGACCCAGGCAUCAGCAUGACCAUGCUGGGCAGAAAUGUGAUCCUGGACAGAAUCCCCUGGGUGGCCCCUGAGGUGCUGGAGGCUCCAAACAACCUGACUCUGGAGAGUGAUAAGUGGAGCUUUGGCACCACUGUGUGGGAAAUCUUCAACAGUGGGAACAACCACCUGCAGGGCUGGGACUUGAAUCUGAAGCUUCAGUUUUAUGAGAACCUCCAGCAGCUGCCUCCCUCCCAGUGGACAGAGCUCGCUGAGUUGAUCGCUCAAUGUAUGGACUACCAGGCGGCCUUCAGGCCUUCCUGUCGCAGUAUUAUCCGUCAGCUCAACAGCCUGAUCACCUCAGACUACGUGAUCCUACACGCCUCGGAGCCCGUCACACAGAGUCCUGUGUGGAAAGCACUCAGUCCAAAUCAACAUGACCAGACAUUGUUUGAAGAGAGACACCUACGCUUCAUCUCCAAUCUGGGAAAAGGAAACUUUGGCAUCGUUGAACUUUGCCGUUAUGACCCGCUGGGUGAUAACACAGGCGAGUUUGUGGCCGUGAAGAAACUGCAGCCCAACAAACAGUCGACGUUGGAGGACUUCAAGAAAGAGGUCAACACCCUCAGUGUUUUUCACUGCGACUACAUAGUCAAAUACAGAGGGAUCUGCUACAGCACGGGUCGGCUGAGCAUGAGUCUGGUGAUGGAGUACCUGCCCUGUGGCAGCCUCAUUCACUACUUGGAGAAUAACCGACACAAUGUCAAUACCAGGCGGAUGCUGCUUUUUGCUUCUCAGAUCUGUAAGGGAAUGGAGUGUCUGCAAAGCCUGCGCUAUGUGCACCGAGACCUGGCAGCCAGAAAUAUUCUUGUGGCCAGUGAGUCGCUGGUGAAAAUCGCAGAUUUCGGGCUGAGCAAGAUUAUUCCUUUCGACAAGGAGUACUACCGUGUCACGCAGCCUGGAGAGAGCCCCAUUUUCUGGUACGCUCCAGAGGCCAUCAAUGACUUAAAAUUCUCCCACAAGUCAGAUGUCUGGAGUUUUGGAGUCGUUCUCCAUGAGAUUUUCAACUACUGUGACAUGAACUCCAACCCAAAAAAACUGUGUAUGCAGGAGAUUGGAUACAACGUGCAGGGUCCAUCCAUUUCAAUGCAUCUGGCAAAUAUUCUGAAGAACAACUGGAGGCUGCCGGCUCCGCCAAACUGUCCAACCAAGGUGUACAGUCUGAUGAUGGAGUGCUGGGCGUACGACUUUGCUGAGCGUCCCUGUUUCUCCAGCCUGGGAAACCAUAUUGAAACCAUCAUGCAAGACGAAAGAGAGAAUCCUAAAGGCUGACACGGCGUCUUGCUGCACACCUCAGCUGAGCAUGUGUUUCAGAGCAUCAUGAAAAAAUACAAUAUCCUUAAACUUACUUCACUCUGGUAUCACACUCACAGCAGAGGAAAACACAGAAUAUAGACAUGUACAUACUAGUAAUAGAAUUUCUGCAAUGUUGGGUACAAGUCUCUUAAGCCUUCUUCCAAAAACGAUCAGGUAAAGCUCACUUUGUGCCUUGUGACCGGCCUGAGAUUGUAAACUGAGGAUAGUGCACA